CACUGCUAGGAAGGAGGGCUGGUAACAGGUGAAUUGGUAGGGAGGAAUGGAGUCACAAAGGGUCUUGAAGGGGUUUUGAGGGCUGUUCUACAUAGAGGCCCAAACACCCUUGCAGUGGUGGUAAACCUGCCUGUCCUUGGCCUGACUGGGUCAAAGUCAAACUUUAGAUACUUCCUCACAGGUUGGGGUCCUUUCCUACUGACUCCUCUCUUGUCUCCUUUUCCCCUAGACUGGAGGAGGUGCCGCUGGAGGUAUUGAGGCAGAGGGAGUCCAAGUGGCUGGACAUGCUCAAUAACUGGGACAAAUGGAUGGCCAAGAAGCACAAGAAGAUCCGGCUGCGCUGUCAGAAGGGGAUCCCGCCUUCUCUGCGGGGCCGGGCAUGGCAGUACCUCUCAGGAAGCAAGGUCAAGCUGGAGCAGAAUAUUGGCAAGUUUGAUGAGCUGGAUCUCUUGCCCGGGGAACCCAAGUGGCUGGAUGUGAUCGAGCGGGAUCUCCAUAGGCAGUUUCCAUUCCAUGAAAUGUUUGUCUCACGGGGCGGCUAUGGGCAGCAAGACUUGUUCCGAGUGCUGAAAGCUUAUACGCUGUACCGGCCAGAGGAGGGCUACUGCCAAGCCCAAGCACCCAUCGCAGCUGUCCUGCUCAUGCACAUGCCUGCUGAGCAAGCAUUCUGGUGCCUCGUGCAGAUCUGUGAGAAGUACCUUCCUGGCUACUACAGUGAGAAACUGGAGGCAAUCCAGCUAGAUGGGGAGAUCCUCUUCUCGCUGCUGCAUAGAGUCUCUCCUGUGGCCCACAAGCAUCUGAGCAAGCAGAAGAUCGACCCAAUCCUCUACAUGACGGAGUGGUUCAUGUGUGCAUUCUCCAGGACCCUGCCCUGGAGCUCUGUCCUGCGUGUCUGGGACAUGUUCUUCUGUGAAGGGGUGAAGAUCAUAUUCCGGGUUGGCCUGGUCCUGCUCAAACACACGCUUGGCUCCUCUGAGAAGCUCAAGUCUUGCCAGGGACAGUAUGAAACCAUGGAGAGGCUGCGGACUCUGAACCCCAAGAUCAUGCAGGAGACUUUCCUGGUGCAGGAGAUCAUAGAGCUGCCAGUGACAGAGCGGCACAUUGAACGUGAGCACCUGAUCCAGCUGAAGAAGUGGAAGGAGACUCAUGGGGAGCUACAGUACAAGUCUCCCCCACGCUUACAUGGGGCUAAGGCCAUCAGCGAAGCGGAGCCACACUCCCACCAAGCCCUGGGGUCCAGGCCUUCCAUCAUCCUGCCAACUGAUGCCCCAGUCCCAUCCAAGGGCAACAAGAAUAAGCUGCAGAAAGAAAAGAAACAGGACAAAGGGAAAGGUAGCCCUGGCAAUGGGCUUAUCCCUAAGGAGAAUGGCACCCCUGCCUCCCCUGAGCCCCAGACUCUGCUGAAGCAUCCUGAGGUCUCCCUGCAUCACCAGUCAAAGGAGAGCCUGACCUCCCGGGAGAGUGAGGACACCUACUUGUAA